GCUUCCCAGCAGUGGGUGCAGGAGUCGGGCUCCUUAUUGUCACUGGCCGUGUUGUAAUACUUGCUUGGCUGUCUAGUGUUACUCUUGGAAUCCUGAUGUUGCGCAGGCAGGGCUACUGGCAGCGGCAUGAGAUUUAUAUGAGCACUUUUGCCCCCCCGGGGAUAAAGGCACAUGUAACAGACAUGAGAGACCUGGAGCUCACAGCCUGAAUCCUGGAUCUGAUUGGCUAUUUAUCCCGAGUAGGAGCGUGUGUAGCCUUGCUUGCUGUGGCUGUAGUCGCUGCUUGCUUCCAGCUGCCUAGUGUAAAACGAAAGAGGGAGGGGGGUUAGAGAGAGAUGGUGAGGGUGAGUGAAUGUGUGUGUGAGGGGCGGACCUCGCUGAGGCCAGACGCGGUGUAGUCGGCAGGCAGGCAGACGGCAGCAGCGGAGCCACAGCUUCGCUUGACGUCAUUCUUUCGGGGGGCAGCUUUCGAGCUGUUGGAAUAGGGGCAGCUCUUUUCUCGCUUUCCAUCAGUGGUCGUGCGGAUUUACCCCCCCUCGCCAUUGUGUGAAGGUCUGUGCUCGUAAGAGAACCCGGAGGUGGAAAGUGAGGGCGACAAUGUGAGGAGUUGCCGAUGCAGUUUUCUGAGUGGCAUGAAGCUAGCCCUGUUCGCCAGACGGUGACCCCGAUGCUUUAUUUAAAUUCUCAGGUGGAACUGCAUGUGCAUUGUUAACUUCUAGGAGCCUCUAAAGCAGAGGUCUAGAACACGCUUCUGCUCAUGCUGCGCAGGAUGUCAGUCGAGGAGGCUCUGUAGCUGAGUGCCAGGCCUGCUCCAGGCCUGCUCCAGGAGCUGGUCUCUCCCACCUCGGCUUCCAGCCUUUGGACCCAGGCAGCCAGCCACUGCCUGCACAGUACCGCACACAUGUGAAAUAUAUGUUGGGUAAAGGGGCAAAGCGCAAGCUGGACGAGAAUGACGAUGGACUGGAAGGCAAGGCGGUGGCGGCGGCGGGGGCGCCCGGAGGGGACGGCCCUUCCAAGGUGUCCUACACCCUGCAGAGGCAGACCAUCUUCAACAUCUCCCUCAUGAAGCUGUACAAUCACCGGGCCCUGACUGAGCCCAGCCUGGAGAAGCGGGUGCUCAUCAACAACAUGCUGCGGCGGAUCCAGGAGGAGCUCAAGCAGGAGGGCAGCCUGCGGCCGAUGUUCUUUUCCGCCUCCCAGCCGGCCGACGACGCCCUGGACGAGGGCUACCGCGAGGCGCAGCCGGCCUUCGGCGGCCUGUCCCCCCCCGCGCAGCCCUCUCUGCUCGCGAGCACCACGCCACUGGAAUCCUGCCUCACCCCGGCCUCGCUCCUGGAGGACGACGCCUCUUCCUUUUGCACAUCGUCGUCCUCGGCCGCCCACCUCCUCCCUCACCCCGACGGCCCAGCCAAGCCGCCCACGGCGGCCGUGAAGGACAGCUUCUCCUCGGCCUUGGACGAAAUCGAGGAGCUCUGUCCGACAACUACCUCCCCCGGAGCCGUGACCCCGGCCUCCCCUCUCCCCCAGCCGCCCUCCGCGUUAAACUCGAAAGAUGGCGGCAAGGUGUGUAGCCAAAAGUUUGAAGGACUGACCGCGCAGCAGGAGAGCAAAGUGGCAGCAGCAGCCGAAUCCAGACUGAUGGACUCCCUUCCCUCCAGUAACCUGGAGAUCACGACUUCCACGGGUUUCCUCACAGACCUGGCCCUGGAUGACAUCCUCUUUGCCGAUAUCGACACCUCGAUGUACGAUUUCGACCCUUGCACGUCUGCCACGGGAACCACCUCCAAAAUUGCUCCGGUAACUGCCGACGACCUCCUCAAGACCUUAUCUCCAUACAACAACCAACCGGUAACCCCAAAUCAGCCUUUUAAAAUGGACCUGACGGAACUGGACCACAUCAUGGAAGUGCUUGUGGGCUCCUGAUCGACAGGAAAAUAAAAUCAAAGAAACUUUCUACAGGAACCCCUUACUUUUUUUUGUACAGUUUUAUAUACUGGUAAUAAUGACAACACCCAGUACUUCACAACACUGUGCAUGCAUCUUUGCUUGCCUUUCCAAGAAAAAGAAGAAAUUAAGGAUCACACUAGGCUUCUAGCAGAGUUUGAGUGCCUUCAUCUGUGUAUGACCACUUUGUAAAUUCCGGUUCUGUUAUUUGUCUUUAUUUUUUAAGAAAAGUCAUCUAAAAAGACAUGACUACCUACAGAAGACUUGAUAACUCCCACAAACAGUUUUAUUCUGGUGCAAAGAAUGAACUUCAAAUGCUAAGCACAAGGAGUAUAUACAACAAAGGAUUGUGUUGCAUGUGCAUUGUUUUUUUUUUACUGUUGAGCAAUGUUUAUCAAGGCAAGUGUUAUUUAAUCUUUCUUUUUCUCCGACCUGUUUCAUUGCCCUGUUUUGAUUCAGUUCUGUCACCUCUGGCAUUAACUAAACUGACUGUUGCAUAACAUGGCUGUUUAAAACUGCUGCCCAAAAUUAUUUUAUAUUUUUAUACUGAUUCUGCAAUCGAAUGGUAUUGUUUUCUAAAAGACCUACAAAAGUUUUUACUCGUAAAAAAGUAGCUAUUUUGAUAGGACAUGCUCACUGAUCUCCUAGGAUUUCAAAUGUACAACACUGGCUUGUACUUUUAUAACAAUAUUGUGACAUUCUAUAUGUGAAUACUUCAAAAUACUGGAGCAAAUUAAUUUGCAUUAGAACUUCACUGGGUGCAAAUGUACUUUCAGCAAUGUCUGCGGGGUUUCAGUCAAAUAUUCAUGUGUAUUUUCAAAGGUUGAACUAAAACGUCACCAUCGAUUUUGUGCUUCUCUCUCCUGGCAAUAAAUUUUCUCACAAACCGCUCACUGUGACAAAUGUUGGUCAAACACAUGAAACUUUAGUCUCCAGAGCCAUUAAAUUAAGAUGUCAAGGAUUGAAUAUUUUAAAAAAUGUGUAUAAAUAUAUACAAUGUAUAUGUAACCAUUAUGUAUGUAAAUGUAU